AUGGCAGCCGGCACUUCCACCCCCAAACAAAUUCUGAAGAAGGAGGUGUCACAGAGAGAAUACGAGUUCCUUCAAGAAUGGGCUCCCGACACUGUAAAGGACUACACUCCCAUUAAGCCUGGCAAUCCGGCAGAUAGGAUGCCCAAGCAUCAGACGGUGCCGAGUCAGCCACACCUCCAGAGCCCCCGACGGGCCAAACCUCGCUUGCCUCUCUACGAGGAAUGGAAGACCCAACCACUGCAUGGAGAAACGAUGAAUGAGGCCGCAAAAGCCACAGGUGCACCUGUGAGUAUGGAGAAUAAAACCAACGGGAUCAUCCCUCCUGCUCCUACCACAAACGUCAGGGUUAAUGGCAGGCAUCCUGGCAAUUCGUUGGACACAAGAAACCGCCACCAGGAGCCAGUCAAGAGUAAUUCUGUCCCAAAUAAUCAUUAUGCAAAGCCCACUGCGAGCGCUAACAACCGAGUUAUCGCAAACCCUCUCCCUAGUGUGGCAUCCAAGCUGGGAGUGCCCAGACCGGGAGCAUACAAGCCUGUGGAGCAAAGCAACAAGAGGGUCAUGGUGAACCAACGCCGACCACCUCCACCGCCUUAUGUAUAUACUGCGCCGAAUCGCAAACAGUUCCGAAAUGACGACUUGGUCAGAUGGUCCGACGGAAUCAAGACUCUCGGCGGUGCGAUGGCCUACUUCCAGCCGAACUUUAUUCAAGACCCAUGGAAGGACAUGAAGCCAGUUCUGACGAAGUUCCUUGAGCGGUACUGGUAA